GCCCGGUGGCCUCGAUGCUCCACGUAGGAGCUGGCUCAGGCCGCGGACUGUGGUCACGGCCACCGUAUAAAUAGGGCAGGAGACCCGAGCUCCCAGGACUUGCCGCUGCCCGCGCCCCGCCGCCGUCGCUGCCCCCAGCCCCGGCCCCGGGCGUCCCAGCCAUGGCCCGCCCAAUGCUCUUGCUCAGCCUCGGCCUCCUGGCCGGCCUGCUGCCGGCGCUGGCCGCCUGCCCGCAGAACUGCCACUGCCACGGCGACCUGCAGCACGUCAUCUGCGACAAGGUGGGGCUGCAGAAGAUCCCCAAGGUGUCAGAGAAGACCAAGCUGCUCAACCUACAGCGCAACAACUUCCCGGUGCUGGCUGCCAACUCCUUUCGGGCCAUGCCGAACCUCGUGUCGCUGCACCUGCAGCACUGCCAGAUCCGCGAGGUGGCCGCCGGCGCCUUCCGCGGCCUCAAGCACCUCAUCUACCUGUACCUGUCCCACAACGACAUCCGCGUGCUGCAUCCCGGUGCUUUCGACGACCUUACCGAACUCACCUACCUCUACCUGGACCAUAACAAGGUGACUGAGCUGCCCCGGGGGCUGCUCUCCCCGCUGGUCAACCUCUUCAUCCUGCAGCUCAACAACAACAAGAUCCGUGAGCUGCGCUCAGGCGCCUUCCAGGGCGCCAAGGACCUGCGCUGGCUCUACCUGUCGGAAAACGCACUCAGUUCCCUGCAGCCGGGGGCCCUGGACGACGUGGAGAACCUCGCCAAGUUCCACGUGGACAGGAACCAGCUGUCCAGCUACCCCUCUGCUGCUCUGAACAAGCUGCGGGUGGUGGAGGAGCUGAAGCUGUCCCACAACCCCCUGAAAAGCAUCCCUGACAAUGCCUUCCAGUCCUUUGGCAGAUACCUGGAGACCCUCUGGCUGGACAACACCAACCUGGAGAAGUUCUCAGAUGGUGCCUUCCUGGGUGUGACCACGCUGAAACACGUCCAUCUGGAGAACAACCGUUUGAACCAGUUGCCCUCCAACUUCCCCUUUGACAACCUGGAAACCCUCACCCUCACCAACAACCCCUGGAAGUGUACCUGCCAGCUCCGGGGCCUUCGGCGGUGGCUGGAAGCCAAGGCCUCCCGCCCAGAUGCCACCUGUGCCUCCCCUGCCAAGUUCAAGGGCCAGCACAUCCGUGAUACAGACGCCUUCCGCAGCUGCAAGUUCCCCACCAAGAGGUCCAAGAAAGCCGGCCGCCAUUAA